AGCGAUGUUGGUGGUGAGCGGGUACUACAGAAGCGGUGGAUUACCUUCCUGAAAGCGCAGCUACUGUGUUAUCUCCCUGACGACCAGUUCCCCUUCAACGUGCUCCAGGACGUCUUUGUGUCCAAGGACGGGGAGGAGCCGGUGGUUUACGGAAUCUUCAGCUCCCAGUGGUCCCAGGGUAGCUCUGAAACCUCAGCUGUAUGUGCCUUCUCCUUUCGAGACAUCCAGGCCGUUUUCAACGGUUCGUACAAGAUGCUGAACCGGGAGACGCAGAGCUGGUCCGUGUAUACCCAUGAUGGGCAGGAGACAAGGCCGGGAGCAUGCAACAUGCAUCCAUCCAUGGAUUUCACUCUGAACCGAGUCAAAGACCUGCUCCUGAUGGAGGGUGUGGUCCGUCCCAUCAACCAGGGCCCCCUGUUGGUGAGGGUCAGGCAGCGUUACACAAAGAUAGCAGUGGAUACUGUGCUGUCAAUCAACUCAGUCAGAUACAAGGUGCUGUUUCUCAUCACAG